AUGUCGGACACUCCCCCGAAAAAGCUCGACGUGGAACCUGGAGUCCAGUCGGCUGACGAUUCGGAACCUCCUAUGGACCGUGAACCUCAGGAUACACAAGCGCCGGGACUCGGGUACGAAUUCGAAGUCAAGGAACAGGACAGAUGGCUGCCCAUCGCAAAUGUCGCCCGAAUCAUGAAGAUGGCCCUCCCCGAGAACGCGAAGAUUGCCAAAGAAGCCAAAGAGUGCAUGCAGGAAUGCGUCAGCGAGUUCAUAUCCUUCAUCACCAGCGAAGCUUCGGAGAAGUGUCAGCAGGAGAAGCGCAAGACGGUCAAUGGCGAGGACAUUCUGUUCGCCAUGACCUCGCUCGGCUUCGAAAACUACGCCGAGGCGUUGAAGAUAUAUCUGUCCCGCUACCGAGAAACCCUCCUCGCAACCCAGAACAAGCCACCCGGUGCCGGUGUCUUCAACGCAGGUGGGGCCGGUGGGGCCAACAGCGCAGGUACAAAUGCCUCCUCCGCCUCUGCCUACAGCCAACCGGAGAACUCCCACAACAAUGUUCUAAGCGGCGACGCCGAAAUGGGAGACCAAGACAGCACUGCGUUCGGGUACACCGUCCACAACGGAAACGGAUCCGCCGAGUACUAG